AGCACAUACUUAGCCGGAACGGCUUGGAGUAGAACAAAAUAGUGCAUCUAGAUAACGAAGAAGCUGAAACAGAACGAAACAGCAGAAAAAGAAAGGACUGAUCAUCUUCCAGCACUUUCACAACCUGUUUCACAGCAGGCGUUGCUGUGUGCAGGGAUGCUAAGGUUUCAAUUUGAAGAGAAAAUCUAGAGAUCGAUGGGCGUUUCCUUCCAAGAAGAUGAACAAUUGGGUGCCGGUGCCCCCGAUGCUGGAUCUUCGUCAGACGACGACCACCUCGACGGGGUUGGCGAGCAGUCCCUCGUGUUCCAGAGCCGGGGCGACCGGAUCUUCACAGAUGGUGACGAGAAAGCGAAAACUAUGCAUUGCAAAAGUAUCGUACUAGUAGAAAUAGCAUUACAAAUUUUUCCAGAAGGAAAAAUGGAAUUUGUAAUGCUGAAUAAGCUAAGGAACCAGAUUUGUCAUGCAUGACUGCAAUUACUACGAGUACCAUGCUUUUGCACAGGAUAAAAACCGCCCCACGACAAAAGACGCGGAGCAGCGGGUCUGGCGACGUGUACUACACGCCGGCUGGGGUUCAGCAAGCCAUCGUGUACCGGGAUGAAGAGGACCGAGUCAGGUUCGGCGGAGCCACUAACGCCCGCGCUUUCGCACCCCCGACGAAAGAGGUAGCUCGAAGUGCUUUAGAUGAAUUCAUGAUCUUGUUUGCCUGCUAGUAGUCGUUGCACCAGAUCGAGACCCAGCACACUGGGUGCAUCAUGUAGGCAUGAGUUGUCACCCUCACCUCGUGAUUGAAUUAUUGAUGAUGUUCUUGUUUUAGAAGUACAACUAGUAUGAAGAUCUGAUUCAUUUCAUGAAUCGGAAACAACUUUGCCAGCAUGCGGACAAUGUGAAGAAGAGCAUCCAAGCUGACGCGGCGACAAACACAGGAUGGAGAAUGGUGCGGAAUCUGUGGCAUUCAAGAGAGCAUAGCAACCUACGAACCUGGCUCAGGCUCGCGAAAGAGGUAUGAAAGUUCCACGUAGGAAAAUAGUGAAAAGUUUCUCUAGAAGACUUUUUGUGAUUUUUGACAUGCAGAACUUAUCGUACGCAUGAAAGUUGUUGUGUCAUCUGUGUCUUCCAUUUCGUCGUAACGACAUGCUUUAAGACUUCUUCUUUUCUGGGAACGGUCUAGAACUACCUGUCAAACUGGAUCACUUUCGUCUUGCGAAAUUUUUUAUCCCACCACCAGCCCCCGCCGGCGUAUUCGGAUCGCUACUGGGAGAAGCGUUACAUGGCCCAGCGCGGGCAGAGCUUCGAUUGGUACUGCGACUAUCCGCGGUUCAAGCAGCUUCUGCAUUCCGCUUUCAACCGGUCCCGCGGGAUUCUCGGCGUGGUGGAGAAGCAAGCCGCCUCGAAGGACGACAUCGAGACCCUGAUUCUGGGCAAUGGGUCGAGCGAACUCCCGAUCCAGCUGUACGACGCCGGCUACAGGAACGUCACGUGCAUUGACACCAACGAGCUGGUGGUGGAGAUCAUGAACCGCAAAUUUGCUGCCAUGGAACAAGAGGUGGAGGAGCAGGAAGAGAUAGAGAACAAGUUGCAACAUGCUUCAAAAAAUGCACGAUCAAAAUCGAGAACCCCGCACCCGGAAGAUUUUCUCGAGUACCUGCAGCUGAACAUGAAGAAUCUGUCGGAUUGCUUCCCAUAUGCAUUGCAACAGUACCGUGAUCUUACUAGUUACCAUCCCGCAUGAAGACAGAUCUGCAUCUGGUUUUUUACCUGAAUGCGAAUGACACAGGAAUUGCAUUUUUUUUUCAACAUAUUGUAUUGCAAUGACUACUAGAACUAGUACGAAGAUACUUUUGCAAUGCAUACCCCGGAAAACAGCUUCACCGCCGUGAUAGACAAGGCCACGAUGGACAUCUACGAGUCGAAAUUUGUGGAGCGGUGCGAGCAGGAGCUCUAUGAGCAGGAGAACAAGCGCGUCCAGGAGCAGAAUCUGAAGCAAAACAGCAAGCUGAUGAAGACGGGCGGCUCUACCAGCGGGCGCCCGACGCUGGGAGGCGGCAGCAGUGCCAAUUCGAUGUUGCAGAAACAAAUCUCUGCGGUGUUGAAGCAAAAGCAGCUGGAGGAGAUGCAGGGGAUUGUGCAGGAGAUCGUCAAAGUUCUUCGGCCUGGUGGCUUUUUCUUCAGCAUCUCGGCGCUACCGCCGGAGGAGCGGAUCGAAUACCUCUCACUCAGCAACACCGCCCCCUGGAAGAUCGACGUGAGUCGGAUCCUGCGCGCCAGCGUCCCCUUUCUCCCGCAAUCGCAGCAACAGGGUGCGGGCGUGCCGAGCGGUGCAAGGUCUGGCCAGGGUGGAAAUAACAGCAGUGCUGGCGGGGCAGCUGCUGCUGGGGUAGAACAAAAUUAUUACUGCUACAUUUGUACACUCCCCGUUGUCAGUUGAAUGUUGUAGUUUUGUACACGUGUAGUUGUAUGAUGAUGUUGUCGGACCACGGACAUCUGGUAUAAAUGUUCUUCCAAGAAAGAGCCGGUGGCUUGAAGAUGAAUCAUCUAGAUGCCCCAAGCAGAUCCAGAAUUGCGGCAGGGCUGAGUUUCUAUUUCCCCCUGAAUGUACCUACAAAAUUGAACUAUCUGAAAUUUUGCACCCUCACGAUGAUAUAGAACGCCUGUACUGGCAGAAUAGAAUGUGG